UUUCACUUUGACUACGUGCUAUAUGCAAAUAAAUUAUUUUGUUCCCUGUGAAUGAUUGACACUGAGUAAAUACAGAGAUACUUCCUCUUAGCUGGUGUCAAAAAAUCCCCUGUACCAUCAAUGAGAAAUGUAUUCUUGUGAUGUUGGGUGUCACCAUGACAUGAUCCCGCCUCUCUAGAUAUCAGCCCACCACAGGUGACAUUCCAUUCAUCACUAUAAAGCAGGGAUGCAGGACCGCAUCAACAGCAUCAGUCUGGUGAGUACUGAUAAGACUGUCCGAUUGACUGAUACAAGCUAUUUACGAUGAGUGACUUAUAUUAUUUAUCUUUCCAUAGAGUGAACAAAAUGGCUUUUCAGCACAUUCUAUUCGGGAUUCUGCUGGUGGUCACUGCUGGAAUUCAGAGCACGUUUGCUGGUAAAUCCAUCUUCUGUCUUCUUCACUAGUUUUAAGACCAAAAGUAUUUAAAAUAACUUUGACUUCCUUUUGUAAAUGAACACCAUGACGGUAUCAAGCAGCAGCUAACGAUGCUACAGACACCUUGACUAAACCUAAAGCAUUGGUUAGAUACUUUAGAUGGUUUGUGAAUAUUAAGUGAAUAAUCUCCCUGCGAUUGGAACUUAGAAAAGCACGUCAGAGCUUGAAAUAUGACAAACUAUUGGUUGUUUUCAAAAAUAUAUAUAUUUUUUCUUGUUUAGUUAAAUAUAUAUUUUUAUUCUAAAAUUAAUAUGUGUUCUAGUACUGUGCAUUUAUUUGGUGCAAAUUUAAUCUUACAUGUAUUUACGAGUAUAAUUAAAAUGUAAUAUAAGUUAAAGAUUCUUUAACAUGACAAAACCAAAGCUUAAAAUUUCUACUAUCUUGAAAUACUAAGUGUUAGAUCUAAUGAAGAUUAGAAUCUUUUUAAUUGUAUGUGUACUGGCAUAAAACAAUUACAUAAAUAUUUUAUUGAUAUCAGUUUGCCAUCAGAUAAAAAAAAAAAGAGAGAGAUUGAAAAAAAGAGAUUGUUUGUCAACACAUCACUGAUACACGAAACAUAGAAACAUAGAAUGUGAUGGCAGCAUGUAAAUGAAUGUAAAGCAGAUACAAUAGCCUGGAGGGAACAACUUUACGAAGGUAUCUCGUAGACGUAGAGUGUUCAUACAGAGAAUAUUUUACCAUUUAUAAUAUAUUAGGUAAAAAAAAAAAAAGAACAGAAGUGCAUCACACAUUACUCUCAAUGCAGAAUAAGGCAAAAAACACAUGUUGAUUAAAUGAAUUCCGUAAAUUGGCUUUAACUGUAAUAAAGUCGUAAUAAAAAAAAAAUACAUUUUAUAUAGUUGUCACAAAUUGAAAAUGUUGCAUAAUGAGAUUUCCAGUUUGUGUUGCUUUAUAUGAUUUUCUGUUUUCUUUUUUUUUAUCUUUUCUUUUAAAAAGACGCAGAUGAGGUUGACGAUUCCCUCAUUAGGGACUGUGGAAAAGAAGUAAAUGUCCUUAUCGACAGAGCCUAUAAAACCACAAGGGACAAGUAAGGUUUUACAAUGUGAUUGCCAAACAAUAGAGCAUCAAUACGUAUUGUCAAACCAGGUCCAACCAGGGGAUUGCGGGAGUGGGAUUGGUGUAGGCUGGAACCCCUAGUGGGGUCCUAACAAGCCCUGUGCUUGAGUCUGGCAUCCUUUUAUUGUCAGACCUAGACAUUUCAAAAGAAAACCAACACAUCCAAUGAUAACAGUGCCACUCUAAUGCACAAAAUCUGGCAGUAAUUAUACAGGACAGUUUGGGGUGUUGCUGGGGGAGCAGGAUUUUAGUGCAGUGGGUGCAGGUUUAAUGAUGUAAAGUCUGUGGGUGCAGGUUUGAUUCAGCAUAAUGUAGGGUAAAUACAGCAUGUGUGGAGUUUAUAAACACAGGUUUAUAUAAUUAAUUCCAGUAUUUGGUGUGACAUUGUGGUUUAUUAAUUAUGUUAGGGUUUAGAUUUGAAUAAAGAGCAUAGUAUAGAAUGAGGUUGUGGGAAGGGUUUGAAUCAAUACAUGUGGGGUGGACCAUAAAAGGUAUCUUUGGACUUAAAUCGUUGGUAUCUUUCCCAUCUAUCAACUCCACUGGGGCCAACAAGGCUCAACAUUUGUUGUGUGAGUUAACCCACUAACGAUGGCUUUGGAUUUUGAUAGAGUUUUCUGUCUUAGUGUGGGUGGGGGGGUUGUUGCCCUGGAAGUCUUGGAUUUAGUUUAUAUAUAUUUCUUGACACUUAUAGAUUUGACAGUCAGUUUACAUCUCUUUAUAUCAAAGUGCCAACACGAAAAAUUAAUAACUCAAAGCCUCUCAUCUCUCUCAGUUUCAAGGGACGGCUAAACAAGAAGACCGCAACUGCUGGUGAUCUCUUGGCGUAUGUCAAGCAGCCGGUGGGAGCGAGCAGGAAUGCUAUCCGAGCUGCUGAAAACCAGGGUGCCCUCCUUCAGCUCCUAGCUGAAAAACUCAAACUUACUCACCAUGGGCCGUUCAAUGUAACAGGUGCGUGAGAGACAUCGCUUAGUUAUACGUUUCUAUAGUCUCAAAGGCUUAUUCUUUAAAGUGAAUUUCAUUGUACCUAAACUGGAAUCAUAGUUAAUUUAGAGAAUGUUUUCAGUUCAGCUAUUUUUACCCUAAAAUUUGAACCCUUACUUUAAAAUCACUUUAAAUUCUGCUAAGUAAAUAGCUAAUUUAAGUUAAGCUAUCAAGAAGAGCAACAUUAAACAGUGCUAUCAAAGCCUUAAUUGCAUAAGCAACUUUAUCUUAACCCCUUAAGGACACAUUACAUGUAUGACAUGUCAGGAUUCCCUUUUAUUCCAGAAGUUUGGUCCUUAAGGGGUUAAUGAAGCAGUUCUGGUGUGUAGAUCAUGUCACUGCAGUCUUACUGCUCAAUUAUCUGCCAUUUAGGAGUUAAAUCAAUUUUGUUUAUGUCUAUGCUGCCCUAGCCACAACUCUUCUAGCUGUGACUCUCACAGCCUAGUGACUGAAAAAAGUUGAAUUUCUUUAAGAUCUUACAGCAUAGUGUGUUUACCUUAGAAGUUAUUAUUUCUUGCUCUGUUAAUUGUUAAAAAGCAAGAGAUAGAUAAUUCUAAAUUAAACACACUGUGCAAUAAAGAAAGUUGAAAAACUAGAUAUCUCUUUGCAGGAAGUGUAUAGGGAAGCUGUGUAUGAUGUUACCCACACCAUAUCAUCUUCACUGCAGCCAUGUUGCCUCUUUGGUUGUGCUAAUAUGUGCAGACAAAUACACUUACUGAUACACACGUAUAUAUAUACUCUGAUACAGCACACAUAUUCCAGAUACACUCACUCAUAUAACUGCCAGAAAAACAAACACAAGGAGACCUACAUUCUGAGGCACACACAGAUAAACAAUGUUAGAUAUAUAUGUUGAUAUAUAUAUAUAUAUAUAUAUAUGUGUGUGUGUGUGUGUGUGUUAAUAUAUAUAUGUAUGUGUGAGUGUACACACACAAAAAUACCAAAAUACAUUCUCAUAUACAUACACACUUAUACAUGCUGACCGACACACACUGCUACACACACACACAUAUACAAUGUCAGUAACACAUAUACUGAAGCAGGCACAUAUAAAUAUACAUGCAUUCUUAGAACUUUCUUGCUGCCCUCCUCCACACACAUUUACCCUGGUGAUGUAGUGAUGAUAAUGUGCUGUAAGACCAGCCGCAGCCAUCAGACAGUCUAUCAGCACAUGUUGCAUCCUUGUUCCAUUUAAUGUAAAGUGCAGAUCCACACGGUGAUGGAGCAGAUAAAUCAGUCUCACCUCUGCCAGUCCCCCAACAGCCACCCUCCGAUUAUCCUCUUAUCUAGAAACAAAGGUGGUUGGUUCUGUGCCCAGCAGUUCCAGCAAGCUUCCAUAGCAUCUAUUGACUGAGAGCAUUGGAGGAUGUCUUGUCAUGUUAUAUCCUUUCAGUGCUAUGAAAAAAGGGUGAGGAGAGAAGGAGCUACCUCAUGCAGGGAAUAAAUUGUUUUAGAUGUUAUACAGUACCACUUGCCUUGAAAUAUUUCAAGUGGCACAAGCAAAGGUCUAGAAGACAUAGAAAAGUGGGGUACAGUAUUAAUUUUAAUAACAUUUAUAUGGACAUUCCAUGUAAUUUAGGGGAGUGCCCAGCAUUUUAGAUUUGUGGCCAUAUACUACAGUAGCAGUCAUAAAUUGGUUGUCAAGUGAGGAGUGCGGGGUACUUAAGGCGAUAAGAUUGCCAUCGGAAGGGAAAUGAGGUAGAGAUUUGGGUCUGAGGUGGGAAAUGAGGAGUUGUGUAGCCAGAAACAAAAGGUUGUCUUGACAUGCCAUGAUCAAGGGGUGAUUCCAUGUUUAAAAAGGGUCCAAGGGUGAGGGCAAAGAGUAAAGAGGAAACAUGAGGACCUUGACCUCCUUUGCAAAGAGCAAUAGGUUUUGAGAGGGAUCAAAUUAUAUUUUUCUGGGCCAUUGGGGAUAUGUUGAGUGGAAGAAUAUGUUUUAUUUUUGUCAGUGGUUGAGGCAAGAAAAUAAACGUGGGCUUUUCUAAUGCACUUAAUGGCAAUUUUGGUAUUCUGUCAUCAGAAAAUCAAAACAAUAUCUAUAUAUAGGUAUAUUAGAUCUAUUAAGUUCUGUCCUAAUGUGUUUUACACCCCACCUCCUAUAGACUGUAAGCUCGUUUGAGCAGGACCCACUUCAACCUAUCGUUCCUGUAAGUUUGCUUGUACUUGUCCUAUUUAUAGUUAAAUUCCCCCCUCUAAUAAUAUUGUAAAGCGCUACGGAACCUGUUUGCGCUAUAUAAAUGACGAUAAUAAUAAUAAUAAUAAUAAAUGUUUGACGUGUCUAUUAUAGUUGCAUUAAAUCAUAUAAUACCUAUUAGCCCCUCUACCACCUUACUACAUAAGCUGAAUGUGUUUUUUUUCUGAAUUUAAAACUCACAUAGUGAAGUCAGGAUGUGACACAAUAUACAAAAAUAAUUUUCCAAAAUAUUAUACUUAUACAUAUGUACUAUUUUCCAUACCCUCUAAAAAGACCAGAGUUAAAAUAUUGCAUGGAGAACAAUGCAUAAAGUCUUAAGAGUCUGUUUAGACUUGCUCAGUUUUAGUUACUCUCCAUUUAAGUAUCUCAGGUUGCUGUGUGUCCCUAAUAAAUAUGUUGGUUCCAAGCUAGCCAUGGUCACCUUAGAGUUCUUCCUCCUGCAUAAUUGUACUCAACUGACUCUUAGAUUGGAAGCUUUGAUCCAUAGUAAUUUGCAAUGCCUUAAAUUAUAAAUAGAAUGGGAAUACUAAAAUUUAAGAUCUACUUGUGGUAAAUAAUAUUUCAAUAUAGAUAGAGAUAUAGCCCUAGACCAAUUUGAAGAUGGUUUAAUAGUCCCAUGUUUGCAAGGAGAUUUUAACAGAGGUAAUCAUUUUGGCAAUUUUUGGGAGUAUUUCUUUACUUGAAUGGGGAUAAAGUUUGAUAUGACAUCGACCAUCGUUUCCCAAUUUGUGUUUUUCAGCGGAACCCCAUGGAGAACAAAAAUAAAUGGGGUUUCGACGCUAUUUGCCCAUCAGGUGGCCCAUGUAGAUAAAGCAUCCAAUAAGUAUUAAUGCCGAACAGGGGCCCGGUUUAAGCGUGCGACCGUGUCCCUUUAGUAUCGGAUGCUGGGAGGAAGUGACAGUCAGUUACCCCCUUACCCGCUUUGUUUUCUUUCUGUACCCCUUUUAUCUCAUUUGUUACUGUUUAUUACAAGUAAAAACCUGUUUAUUAUAAAUAGAUUGUAAAGCAAUUUUAUGAUACAAACUAUGUCAAAAUACAAUGGUGCCAUGUUACAGUUUAAUUGGUAAAAAUUUUAUCUUUCAGAUUUGCUAACACCAAAGCAGUACGAACUUAUCUCACAGAUAACAGGCUGCGCCUCGCAGCUUAUUCCAAAAGUUUGUAAGGACAGCCCUUAUCGCACCAUCACUGGAGAGUGUAACAACAGGUAAGAGUUCCCUAUUUCCCUUGUACAAAAAAAAUAUAACCCAACAUUUAGAAAGCCUCUCUAUAGUAACCUACAAUAUCCUUAGAAGUGAAUUUUGAAAGUCUUCAAAAAGAGAAUUUUGACAUCAUUGCAAUUUUGCAGCAUAGACAGCUGACAAUAAUCACAAUGACAUUGUGCCCACCAGGGUAUACAAGGAACUGCUAUCUUAUUUCCUCAGUUUUAGUGAGGAAUUUAGCACAUUUCAAAUGUUAUAUGUUUGCUUAAUAGGAAGUAUCCCAGCCGUGGCGCUUCCAACACUGGCUACAAACGAUUGCUACCAGCUGAAUACGAAGAUGGUUUUUACCGUCCUCGAGGCUGGACUGAAAACAAGGCCUUUAAUGGAUUCGCUCUUCCACUGGUAAUAUUAACAGCAUGCUUUAAUUCAAUCCCACUUUCAAUUCUCUCUCACUGAUAGGAGUCAUUGCUUACCAUUGUUUAAGUAACAACCCAGUAUCUCAUAUUUGUCUCUGUGCUGCACCCAUCCUUUUAUAAAUGUACUCUGAAUCCAAAUUCUCAUUCUGUGAGGUGAGAGGCUUACAACAGGUUAUUACAAAUUAUGGCAAUCAUUCAAAGUAGCUCAAAUAAAGAUUCACCUGUGUGUGAAUACAUAUAUACAAUUUGCCUAUUAUGCAGAAUAAGUUUAAAAUACACAAUGCAGGGCAUUCUUUAGAGAAGAUCUGUAAAUCUAACUCUAAAAUGUUUGGCAUUGUGCCCGCCUAAGCCUGGGUGAUAGGCCAUCUCCUCCUUGGAAGUUUAAAUUUGACCAUAUUUUAAGUCUGAUCAUGACCCUUAAGAGAAAAGGUCUUCCUCUUACAUACCAUUAGUAGAGGUCAUGAUGUUAGUGUUAAUGUAAAUCUGUAGCUCACUGUAUUUGUUUUAAUAAUUAUUAAUUCAUUGGUUUAAACAGGCACGUGCAGUAUCGAAUGAAGUUGUCCAAUUCCCUACUGAGAGCAUAACAUUAGACGAAGAUAGAGCCCUCAUGUUCAUGCAGUGGGGGCAAUGGACAGAUCAUGACCUUGACCUGGCUGCCUCUAGUCCUGCCAGGUUAACCUUCUUGAAGAGUGUGGACUGUGAAACUACCUGUGUCCGCGAAAGCCCCUGUUUUCCCUUGAAGGUAGCUGCUUCAUUUUUUUAAAAGUACUAUUUCAUCUUUACUGGUUAGAUAAAUGCUUCAUGUAAGUAUAUAGGAAACACCUGCAUUUUUAAGAGUAGAUCUUGUGUAAUCUGGCAGCCAAUUCAGACACUAAAAUGAAAAAUUGUCAGAAGAGGAACCUGAGCUGACGGAGAAUUUUUCCAGUUUAGCUAUUUUUGGGCUUAGUUUUCAAAUUCACAUUGAAUUUCUGACAAUUUUCACUUUAGUAAAUAACCUCGACAAUGUUUCACAAAACCAUUGUAACCCUGUAUAUCACCCUGCUAGUCCGAUCAUAACGUAUGGAGUAGAAAUGCAUUAACUGACUAAAUAUUUUGCCAUUCCUCAUCCUGAUUAUAUACUAACUUGAGAAGAAAUUGCUAAAACAAAAAAUGAAAUAUAAUUUAAAGUAUAUGAUCAAAAUCCUGAUAGCACCCAUUUAAAAUAUCACAGACUAGUACUAAUAUAGUUCUUUGUUUGAAGAUUCCACCAAACGAUCCUCGCAUUAAGAAUCAGAGUGACUGCAUCCCAUUCUUUCGAUCAGCUCCAGUUUGUAAAAAAGGAUCUCAAGUUCGUGAGCAGAUCAACACUCUAACAGCUUACAUAGACGGAAGCCAGAUUUAUGGCAGUGAUGCUCAAACUGCAGAGAAACUACGCAACAACACAAACCAGCUGGGUCUUAUGGCAGUUAACAAAAACUUCACCGACAAUGGCCUCUCAUUCUUGCCCUUUGAUACCGUUAGUGAAGAUGUGUGUGUCACAGCUAAUGUAUCAGCUGGUAUCCCCUGUUUUAUUGCAGGUAAGGUAACAGAUUGAAUAUACGCAAGAGAGACAGACAGACAAAUAAAGGGACUGCAUGUUUUUGAUUAUUUUAAAUUCUGCAAAAUUGAAAGAGACCUGAAAAAUGCGUUGCUUUUCCUUAAAAUGUCCAAAGGCCGUAGCCUUUGGACAUUCAUUUUAAGAUCUUAUUAUGUUUAAUGGUAAAUUAUUAUAGCUCAUCUCCACUGCUUUUUUUUUUUUGUUGAAAGGGACACUAUAGGUACCCAGACCACUUCAUCUCAAUGAAGUGGUCUGGGUACUGUGUCCCUAUUGCAUUUAGUACUGCAAUGUAAAACAUUGCAGUUUUAGAGAAACUGCAAUGCUUACAUUGCAGCACUAAGACAGCCUGUAAUGAUUGUCCACCAGACAGCUACUAGAGGCCCUUCCGGAAUGUUACCAGACUUUUGGUCCACUAACUGAUGCUGGACGUCCUCACGCUCUACAUGAGGAUAUCCAGCGUCAGCUGUUUCCCCAUAGGAAAGUAUUGAUAGAGCCCCCUCUUUAAUAGACGUCGGAGGAGGCCGAGCCGUGUGCCAGCUCCGAAGGGCAGCGCUAGGAUCAGGUAAAUAAAUAAAGUUUUUUUUUAACCCUUUAUUUACCGUGGCAGAAGGGAGGCAGAGGGAGCUAUAGUACCAGGGAUACAGCUAUAGUAUCUCUUUAAGCUUGUCUGAUCUAUAAUUCCCAGAUAUUUUUUAGUGUGGAUAAGUGAUUUAAUGUUUCUUAAUUAUCAACCUUAAUAACUUAAAGGGAAAAUAUAGGCUAGGAAUACAAACUCUUUUGUCACUUACCUGAUUCCAGAACUCAUUUGUCACGUACCUGAUUCCAGCAUCGAUGCUCCUUGGCGAUGUGUCAGUUUUUGCCUCACCUCGUCCUCCCCCGACAUCAGCUGACAAUGGGGAACUUAUCUGCAUGCGCGAUGAGGGCCGCGCUCACAUUAGGACAAGCCCAUUGAGUCAAUGCUUUCAUUUGGAGUUUUAGCUGAUGUUGGAUGUCCUCAUGCACAGGAUGUCCAGCAUCAGUUGGGCAACCAAAAGUUGUCAAAUGACCUGGAAGCACCUCUAGUGGCUGAUUGGUAGACAGCCACUGGAGGCGCAGUUACCCCUGCAAUGUCUUAUUGCAGUUUCUCGAUAACUGCAAUAAUUACAACUGUAGGGUUAAAAUGACAAUGAGCUGAAGUGGUCUGGGUGUCUAUAGUGUCUAUUUAAUAAACUUAAUAAAUAAUACCUACAACUGAAACAAGUCUACUUCAUUCUGCAAGCAAAAUAGUAAGAUGAAUAUUUUUCCCUAUCUGAAAAGUGAUGUGAUAUGUAUGACAUUUUGGAAGGAAUCUAAAUUGAAAUAGUUUUGCAACUUAAAAAGACCUUCAUUUGUUGUAGGAGACCCACGAGUCAGUGAACAGCCUGGUCUUACAUCUUUCCAUACCCUAUUUGUGAGGGAACACAACCGAAUUUCAUCUGAGUUGCACAAGUUAAAUCCAAAAUGGUCAGGGGAAACUUUGUAUCAAGAAACUCGGAAGAUCAUUGGUGGAAUCUUGCAGGUGUGUUAUAGUCAUCAGAUUACAUUCUAACUUCUGUAAACAGCACAUUUCUUACCUACCAGUUAUUAAUCUGUUUUGUUUGCCUUCGUAUAUCUAACAGAAAAUAACAUACAAAGACUGGCUUCCUUUACUGCUUGGAUCAGAGCUCCCUAAUGUCCUACCUCCAUAUAAAUCCUAUAAUGAGUCUGAGGACUCAAGCGUGGCCAAUGUCUUUACUAUUGCGUUUCGGAUGGGCCAUACGUUGAUACAGCCAUUUAUCUACCGUCUAGCUGAUGGGUACCGUCCAUAUACACCAGAACCAAAGACGCUUCUUCACAAGACGUUCUUCUCCACCUGGAGAUUCAUUCAACAAGGUAACAUAACACUAUUUGUCUUACCCCAUCAUAGAUAUGUUAUCAUUAAAAUGUACUUCUAGGUCAUAUAAAUCAGAGUUUUAUUGAGAGAAUUUCUUCUAAUAAAACAAUAUAUUCCAGAUCAUUGUAAGUGUUAUUUAAUAUAAUUAAAUUAUGAUAAUGUUAUUGUAACUAAUAUAAAUAAAAUUAAAUUUGCAGAAUUGUGAUAUAUAAGUACUUGAAAAUCAGAAAUAAAAUCAUAAUAUUAAAAAAAAUGUAGACACAAACAUUUUUACUGAACCUGCCACGUUUAGAGUAAUAUCUACAGAAAAUUAUUACAAAGAAGAAGAUCAAGCAAUACACUUGACAAAUUGUACAUCUUUAACUUAAUUUGAAGAUCACAUAAACUUGCUAUUAACAUUUGUCCAUAAAUGUUACAUAUGACAGGCGGCAUUGAUCCACUGCUCCGUGGCCUGAUGGCAAAUCGAGCCAAACUAAACCGUCAAAACCAACUGGUGGUUGAUGAACUGAGGGAUCAUCUUUUCGAGAUUAUUAAACGUAUUGGCCUUGACCUAACAGCUCUAAAUAUGCAACGAGGCCGUGAUCAUGGCUUGCGAGGUAGGUCUAGAAAAUACUUUCCAAACUUCAAGACACAUUUGUAAAUAUUUGCAUGAGAGACUUUUCAUUUCUUUUGACACCCAUGUUUCAGUCCAUCAGAUGUCUUUAGAAACUUCUUUACAUAGGUUUAUCAGAUUGUGAAUUCCUUGUGUAAUGCACUUAUUUUUACUCCCCAGGAUACAAUUCAUGGAGGAGGUUUUGUGGUUUAUCUGCUCCACGCAAUCUGAAAGAGUUGACCGAUGUGUUAAAUAACAAGGAGCUGGCAAAAAAGUUUAUGAAUCUAUAUGGAACACCUGAAAACAUAGACAUCUGGGUUGGAGGAGUCGCGGAACCCUUGGUUCCGGGAGGCAGAAUUGGAAAACUACUCACCUGUCUGAUUGGGAACCAGUUCCGUAGGGGUCGACAAGGAGACAGGUAUGGGACUGAGGCAUCUAUAUAUAAACAGUCUAUCAUAAGCAACAACAAAAAACUACACUUUGUUUAGAGAAAAAAAAAGAGAAAAAUGUAAUUACAAACUGCAAAAGGAUUGGAUUAUAAUACGGGUCAUGUACGGAAAGAUCACCCGAAUCAAGAGAAAUAAUAACUAAUUUUGAAGAGUUAAUAAAACAAUAUUGUGUUCCCACUGGAAACAGUCUUGCUUAAUAUGUGCAAAUGCCGGCUUACACAUGUUUGAUAGUCUAGAUCUAGCUUAAUUGUUGAAUUGUUAACAAGUUAGAUAGACAAAGCCAAACUUGAAAGUUGUGGAAAUCCUGAUUUAAUAAAGGUCAGAGAGAAAUUAUAGAUGCCAUAGAAGUUCUAUUGUAUAGAAAGGCGUUUAGUUAACAGAACAUAUUUAGUUUUUUGCAUGUACUUAAGGUUUAAUCUUUAGUAAUAUUUUCAUGAGAACAAUGAUGGAUAUAUCAAAAGAUAACUAAAAAGAAGAAACAUUAGAUCUAAUUUUACAGUUUGUAUAUUUAUACUGUAGAAAAUUCAAAAUGUUGAAAACAUUUAACCAAAAAUACCUUGUUUAACUUGUAAGUUAAGUUGUGUAUAUUUUUCUCUGUGCAGGUUUUACUAUGAAAAUCCCUCAGUUUUUACUGUUGCUCAGAGGAAUGCCAUAGAGAAGGUGACUCUGGCGCGCAUCAUCUGUGAAAACACUAAAAUUAAUGAGGUCCCUCUAAAUGUCUUCAUGGGAAAUAGCUACCCAAAAGACUUUGUAAAGUGCUCUACAAUCCCAGCACUAAACCUGAAGCUUUGGAAGGCGUAAUGUUGUAAGUUGUCAAAAUAUUGAUAAGAAUCAAAAUUCUACUAAAACUUGUACACAAAUAUCUUACUGUUCAAAUAUUUUACUGUGUUUGAAGUAUUCUUAUCCCACUAUAGCUCGAAGUUAAAAUUGUAUUCAAAAUUACAUAGUGGUACUUUCUACAAAACACAAUUUAAUCUAUACAUAAUAUUUGCAACUGCCAUCACAAGUUUUGUGACCCCCUACAAAACCACUGGACAGUCUCCCUAACACACAUUCCCAGAUGUACGCACAUACUCAUUACUAGAUACAAAUACUAACACAUGCUCGCUCAUACAGUCACAGAUAAAGGCACAUAAAUAUGUUAACAAACACACAUACAUAGAAAUUCACUCACAGACACAUAAGCACACAGAAAUAAGCUCACAGACACACACACACACAAAGAAAUACACAUUUGUUUUCAUGCGUUGGUAAUGUUACAAAUCCCUUAUUAUAUUUGAUUACUUUACUGAAACAGGGCCAGUCACCCAAUCACUUUGUUCACUUUAACAGAUUUGCAAAAGUGAGACAGGUUACUUAAAGAAUGAUUUCCAGUUAGAAAGCUGUCCAAUGUCUUUACUUUAAUAUUACCGAUGUUAGUUUUUAAUUAUUAAAGUAGCGCUGUCAUUGAAUAUGUCUGAAAUGUUUAAAAGACACUAACAUAUCAUUUUAAACUGAAUUAUUUUUCUUUUUUUUUUAAAUUCCCUUUUUGAAUUUUUUUUUCAUAAUAAUAUUUUAACUAUUUCUACCUAAUCUAUAUUUAUAGUGGGAAGAAUACACUUCCAGAUAAAUAACAUUAUAUUUUAAUCUUCCAUGUACAAUGGAAUGUUGGGAGCUACUCAGAUUACAAAUUACAGUUUCUGAUUGGCUGCUGACAUCAUACACUUCAUUUAGACUCUUUUCUUAAUUUAUAUUCUGGUCAUCAAGGGUUAAAAAACUGAGAUGUAAUUUCAUGACUUCUAAGUUAUAGCUUAGUGAGUUGAAUAUACAUAUGUAUUUUUAAUAUUGUUCAACUGACUUUCUAUGAACAUUCUAGCGACAGCCUACUCACUACACACAAAAAAAUAUAUAAAUAGACAAAAAAUUAUUAAUUUUCUCCCUGGUCUUAGACCUCAGUUAACCCUGUUUCACAAUAUUAUCCAAUCAAACUUUACAUCAGAUUAUUUUUUUUUAUGUCUGAACAUUCUUAAAUUCACGGAGCCAAAAUUCAGUCUGAUACACAUCUACAUUUUUAUGUGCUAUACUGUGCAUUAUGAUCAAACAGGAAGAAAUACUAAAGAUUUUAUCAUCUUUCUGUUCUAGAUGUUCUUCAGUAGAAAUACGGAAGAUCUGCCAAGACUGUGCUACUUAGCUCCCAAGUUUAUUAUUCUGACAGCUAGUCUUCCGCACAAAUUUGCGUAAAUAUAUAUAUUUAAUUGGACGUCAACUAAAAAAUAUACAUGUCACCACGAGCUGUAAUUGAACAUUUUAACUUGUCUAUAAUGUAUUUCAGAAUAUUACAGUUUAAUAUCUGGUUGAGUAUAUUUGUAUAUAAUAUAUUAUAUGAUAUUAUAAAUAAACGCUGAAUCAACAAUUGUAGAACAAGGGACAGAAAAUUCCACUACAACAUUCUGACAUAAUAAAUCAUUUAAUUCUUUACCUUUUGUGUUGGUCUGUUUAUAUUGUACUGUUUUUAUAUUGUACUGUCUUUUUCCCAAUUGUACAGAAUAUGUUUGUGCUGUAUAAAUGCCAGUGAUAAAUAAACAAUACCAAAACUUAAUUUUUUU